AUGUUUGGAUUUUUCAAAACGGAACGAAACGCCAGGAGACACGUGAACAUUUUCAGUGUACUCGUGGUCCUGGCAGCGCCAGCGGUGGCGGCGGAGGCGGUGGGGCAGACGGACGAGGAGUUCGUGGAGUCGCUCAUCUACUGGGGCAUCACCGCCGUCAUCUACCUCUUCGUUGCACCCCCACUGGUGUACGGGUAUCUGCGCCUGCGGUGGUUCAACCGCUCCACCAUUGAGACGUUCUUCCAGUACUACCUCAUGUUCGCCUUCUUCCCCGCGCGCCUUCCCCGGUACCCUCUGCCAAUGUCCCCCUUCCCCACCGUGCCCUGCCAGCAUGCUGCUGUGGUCGCCAUUCAUUAA